GCGGUGGGAGGGGCCACUGGGCCCAACAACAGCGCUCAUUGUCGGCUGCAGCACUCACUCCCCCUUUCUGAUUUGCCCAACUACGCGCCGCUUGUGCCGCACUGCCGAAACCGCAGAGCACAUCCAAUCAGACUGGUCAGCAUCGUUGGUGCAGGCACCUCUUUGAGUCUGGUGGCCCAUCCCCAGCAGGCAGGCAGGCAGGCAAGUCAAGGCAUGGCAGACAGUCGGCAGCCAGACGAGCAUUGGGCCUCCAACGGCCAAGAGAACGGCCAGAACGGCUACUCGGCCUACCGUGAAAACGGAUUCCACGGCGGGGCGGCUGCGCAUCCCAACGCAACAGUGGAUGACUCAGCCAAUUUGCCUCCCUCCCCUCCUCCCUCUCCAUCCGCUCAGCAGAUUGGGCCGGCGGCACAAGAUAAAUUAGAACCUGUCAGUGCUUUCUCUGCGGAGGAGCAACAACAGGAUGAGGAUGAGCAGGAGGAAGUUGCCGUUUGCCAGGAGGAGGAAGUGACAUAUGGGCAAGCGGGCGCCUUAGAGCAGAAAGAUUUGCUAGCCGAUGCGCAGGUUUGGGGCUGCGAGCAAGCUCAGACACCUGAGCUGCAAAAUGGAGCAAGUCGUCACAGGGAACAGAGUCCUUCAGAACAAGCCCGACUCGAAGAAAAUACCAAACAGGAGGCACAAGAGGGAAACCGAGAGAAAACCGUCGAAGCGAUCCAAGUCAUUUCGCAAUGUGGUGCAGAGGUCAAAGCUGAUACGGGCUCGGACUCAAAAACCUACUUUGUCACCACGUCUGAAGAGAGCGAAGAUGAAGCGGAGGGACGGAAAUCAAGAAUGUUUUCUGAACACUUGUGUCCUGUCCCUGGAAGAUUUUUAUCCAAACUCACCCUUGGAGAGCAAAUGAUGGGUGAAGAGGUCUUUAACGAAUAUUCUGUCCCCAUGCCUUCUCCUGAGGACUCUUCUUACCCUUUGAUGGAUUUUCAAGUCAACAACCUUGGAGAUCAAACAAUCGAUAAUAAAGGAUCUAAUCUUGGAAUAUUGCAAAAAUCACCUUCACGGGCAAAGAUACUAGAAAAAGCUGUGACCAGUGGAAUGAAACCAGAUCGCCUCAGAAUCCCAAAAAUUGGUCCAAAAGACCGACUGACUGAGUUUCCUUUAGGGAACGCUCUACCUGGUGACAUGAAGAUACCAACAAUUCCUGAAGUGGACAUUGAAAAAGACCCUUCAAGAGAAGCCUCUCCUGUCCCACCGGACACUUCCUUCAUCUUUACAUCUUCAGAAACUGAACGUGAGAGACAGAAACAAGAUUGCAAGAAAUUGCUCGGUGGUCCCAGAACACCUGCAAGGUCAGAAACAAAAGGAAAGGACGAGAUCCCUGAUGCCCAAAAGCCCUCUGAUGGAACGAGUGCACUCUACUUACAGGAAGGCUCACCAAAGCCACAAUUUCCCUCUCCAGUCAUAAUUAUACCUCAAGCGCAAGUGGAAGAAGAGGAUGACCGAGAGGUCGUUGAAGACCUCAGAUGUGAUGCUGAUGAGCCUGUGCUCCCCAAAGUGGAUCAGAAGGAGCCACAAGUGGCUCAGGUGAUCCAGGAAAAUAACGGUGUCGGGCAAGCUAAGAGGCAUUUUUGCAGCCCUUCCGUAUGUUCUGAUGAGGACCAUCAAGAUGAUGCAACUGAAAUAAGAGAGGAGAAGAAGACUGGUAUGCAGUCAUCCAUGGAGAUAAGUCAAAAGAUAGAAGACCCCUAUCAAGCUUCUCUUGAUGAAGCUCCAGCAGAUGUCUCCAUCUGUGACACAGACAGUAGCUGGAUUGAUUCAAAAGAUGACGACAAAACUAUCACGACAAAGCAAAUCAGAACUUUCCCGCCGACCCAGAGCGUCACCCUCGGCAUACUCGGGGUGGACACGCCCACUAAACGGCUCCCGGCCAGAGGAAGUAAAGUUCUCCGCAAAGGUCUCGGCUUUCGUCCAAAAGAGGAGAUGAAGAAGAAAAAAGUCGCCAUCAUACGCAGGGCGGACCAGAAUAAGGUCUCAGCCUUCCAGGCUCGAAAAAGUCUAGCCAAAGCUGCGGUCAAACAUCCUCGGCCAGCUCUGCUUCACAGACGCAAAGCCGCAGGUGUAGAAAGCUCUCAGCCCUUAAGUGUCCACCAGUCCAGGGAGAGACCCACCCCUUUGUCCUUGCAUCUGUCUCGGCAGAGAACAUCCAGCCCCACGCGGCCCGUUCUGUUAAAAAUGGCAAUGCAGAGCCAGCAAUCCCCGCGGCCUGACUCCGCAUGUAGCCUUAAACGGAGCCCCCAGGUGGAGGCGGUGCUCAGUGAGGCCCCGCCCACCUUGGCAUGCUCCCGCACUGCCCCUCAGAAAAACAUACAGGAGAGAACAUACCGUAGUCCAGAGAAAAGGUCAUCGCUCCCCAGGCCGUCCAAAUCACUGACCCGCCACCUUCCUGCAUCUGAACAAGAGGACAACAGCACCCCCUGCAGGCCAACCUCCAUCAACACCGAGGUCAAGGGUGACAGCAGGUCUGGGAGGGGCCCUAGUAUGGCAGGCACGGACUCUGGACGUUCCUGGUCAGCUCGCAGCGGCACUUCGACCCCCGGAUCCUCUGCGGUUACGCCCGGCACACCCCCUAGUUACUCCCGCACGCCCGGUUCGCGCACCCCCGGAAGCCACACACCCAAGUCCUUCAGCGUUCUCCAGGAGAAGAAGGUCGCCAUCAUCCGCACCCCGCCCAAGUCGCCGUCUUCAGCCCAGCGGCAGCUGAAGGUUCUCAACCAGCCCUUGCCUGACCUCAAGAAUGUCAAGUCCAAGAUUGGAUCCACCGCCAACCUUAAACAUCAACCCAAGGGUGGACAGGUGCAAAUUUUAAACGAGAAGGUGGACUUCAGUCAUGUUCAAUCAAAGUGCGGCUCCAAGGAUAAUCUGAAGCACACGCCCAAAGGAGGCAAUGUCAUGAUUCCGAGUGUUAAACUGGACUUUAGCCACGUGCAGGCUAAAUGUGGCUCCCUGAACAAACUCCAGCACACCCCGGGCGGAGGAAAUGUCCAAAUCCAGAGCAACAAAAUCGACUUGAGCCACAUCACUUCCAAAUGCGGCUCCAUGUCCAACAUCCGCUACAGGCCAGGCGGAGGCAACGUUCGGAUUGAGAACGUCAAACUGGACUUUAAAGACAAAGCUCAACCCAAGAUCGGCUCAAUGGACAACACCAGCCACAUGCCGGGUGGCGGGAACGUGAUGAUCGAGAGCCACAAGCUGAGCUUCCGUGAGACCGCCAAAGCCCGGGUGGACCACGGUGCGGAAAUCGUUGUCACCCACUCCCCCGGGCUGGGGAUGAGUGGCACCUCGCCUCACUUGUCCUCCGACGGCAGCAUCAACCAACUGGAUUCGCCGCAGCUCGCCACACUGGCCCAAGAUGUUACGGCCGCGCUGGCCAAGCAGGGCUUAUGAGCCGCCUGCUUUGGAUCAUCCCUCCAUUUCCUCCAUGGUCCUCUCCAGACCCUCCACCUCAAUGGAUCUUCUUUCCAGAGGCAUUUCAAAAGAGAAUCCUCCAAUUACUGUCCGUCCACUCCUUACACAAGUUACUGUUUUCUUCCUUUGUUGGACUUUGGUGUAAUUUGAAGAGAGCGUGUCUGCUAUAAGAUUGUACAGUGAGUUUUUUUUUUUAGUUUUUUUUUUUUUAAAAGCAUCGCCGCAUUGCUCUUGCAUGAGGACCACUCUUAAAGUAAACUCAAUUUACAGCAACUUAGAAAACUGUUUAAAACUGUGACAAAAGGAACUACUAGCUUCAUAUCGGAGAGUCUGAUGAGCAUGUCGGUUUGAAGAAAUGCAGCAUUGAAAGUAAAAAGAUUUGGUUUUAUGAUGUGCGGUGACCUGUUGGGAAGUUUGUGUUGUAUGUGGUUUUAUAUUUCACGGUAGUUUUCUACGUUGGCUGUGGCUGCAUUCCUCAAAUAUAUUGAUUUUUAUUUCCUGCAAAUGAAUUCUUGUUUCUCUGCUUUUUAAAGGUCGUUGAGUAUGCAAAAGGUCUUUUUGGAACAAAGCUCCUCAUACUAGCUUGGGGGGUUUUUACUCCACUACAGAGAAAAAGGGAAAAUGAAUGUUUUGUAUCCAAACAUUCCGUUUAAGAGAGCGUGUAUGUGAUUGAAGCAGUCCAAAACUGAAGAGUGCAUGGAAGACGUGUGUAAUACUUUCAGAACUGUUCUUGUGUGUUCUCCGCUCACUGUUGUGAAUGUCCCGCCCUGAUGUCUGUUAUCUGCCCUCCAGUGUUGAUCUCCACCUGUGGAUGUGUAUUUAAAAAAAAAAAAAAAAACAUGUUUGCAAUGUUGUCAUGGGUAAAUGCUCACGUGGAAAACAAUGACAAGGGAAAUAAAGAAGACUAAAAGUACUUCA